CGGGUUGUGACCCAAUCCAUUUGUGUUUGUGAUGGUGGAUUUUUUUUUUGUUCCGAUUGCAAAUUAUUUAUUUUUUUACGCAAACUUGACAUUAAUUCCCAUGAUUUUGAUUGAAUAAAGGGGGAAAUAACUCAAGGAAAUAGUUAUCGUGGAAGGGAGAACUAGCUACGCUUAUUGUGCUGAUGUUAGUGAGACACCUCCAGUCAAAUCACAAUGAGUAACAACAGCCAUCCUUUGCGUCCACUGGCCUCUGUGUCAGAGAUUGACCACAUCCACCUGCUGUCAGAGCAGCUGGGUGCCUUGGUUCCAGGUGAAGAGUACAGUGAUGUCACCUUCGUUGUGGAGGAGAAACGCUUCCCCGCCCAUAGGGUCAUUUUGGCAGCACGAUGUCACUACUUCAGAGCUCUGCUGUAUGGAGGGAUGAAGGAGUCCCAGCCGCAGGCGGAGGUGACACUGGAGGAGACCCGAGCCGAGGCUUUCUCCAUGCUCCUCCACUACCUUUACACGGGCCGGGCUAGCCUCAGCUCAGCCCGCGAGGAGGUGCUGCUGGACUUCCUGGGUCUGGCCCACCGCUACGGCCUCCAGCCACUAGAGGACUCCACCUCUGAGUUCCUGCGCACCAUCCUGCACACGCACAACGUGUGUUUGGUGUUUGACGUGGCCAGCCUGUACUCUCUGGGUGUGCUCAGUGAAGCAUGCUGCGCCUACAUGGAUCGGCAUGCCCCGGAGGUCCUGGCCUCGGACAGCUUCCUCACGUUGUCCAAGACUGCUCUGCUGACUGUGGUACGGAGGGACUCGUUUGCAGCGAGCGAGAAGGAGAUCUUCCAGGCGCUGUGUCGCUGGUGCCGGCAGAACGGCGAGGGUGGUGCCACGCAGGAAGUGAUGUCGGCCGUGCGGCUGCCGCUCAUGAGUCUGAUGGAGAUGCUAAACGUGGUGCGUCCCUCGGGACUUCUCAGUCCAGACGACCUACUGGACGCCAUCAAGACGCGCUCAGAGAGCCGCGACAUGGACCUCAACUACCGCGGCAUCCUCAUCCCAGAAGAGAAUAUUGCCACUAUGAAGUACGGGGCCCAGGUGGUGAAGGGAGAGCUGAAGUCAGCGCUGCUGGACGGAGACACCCAGAACUACGACUUGGACCACGGCUUUUCAAGACACCCCAUAGAGGAGGACGGCUGCGCUGGCCUCCAGAUUAAGCUGGGCCAGGCCUACAUCCUGAACCAUAUCCGCAUCCUGCUCUGGGACAGAGACAGCCGGUCUUAUUCUUACUAUAUUGAAGUGUCCAUGGAUGAGCUGGAUUGGAUGCGUGUUGUAGACCAUUCCAAGUAUCUGUGUCGCUCUUGGCAGAACCUCUUCUUUACACCACGUGUGGCCAGGUACGUGCGCAUUGUAGGGACGCAUAACACUGUCAACAAGGUCUUCCAUCUAGUGAGUUUGGAGUGUAUGUUCACACACCGCUCAUUCACUCUGGAAAAAGGUCUUCUCGUCCCCAAUGAGAACGUGGCUACCAUCGCGGCCUGUUCCAGUGUCAUCGAGGGGGUGAGUCGGAGCAGAAACGCCCUGCUCAACGGGGACACCCACAACUACGACUGGGACUCUGGCUACACCUGUCACCAGCUGGGCUCUGGGGCCAUCGUCAUCCAACUGGCUCAGCCUUACUCUAUAGGCUCCUUAAGACUACUACUGUGGGACUGUGAUGAGCGAUCCUACAGUUACUACAUUGAGGUCUCCAACAAUCAGCAGGAGUGGACAAAGGUGGUGGACCGCACCAAGGUGCCAUGUCGUCUUGUUUUUCUUCCAACAGGUCAUGGCAGACACUCAAAUUCGACAAGCAGCCUGCCUCUUUUAUCCGCAUCGUAGGAACUCACAACUCCGCAAACGAGGUGUUCCAUUGUGUCCACUUUGAGUGUCCGGCCCAGUCUGAUGCGGAGGUGAAAGAGGGCAGUCCUGGGCAGGAGUCCAGUUCCACAUCCCAGAACCCCAGACCUGUUCGGCCCUCCCGUACCCACAGCCUGCUCCCCUCCCUGCCCUCCUCAUCCUCCACCUCACAACCCCACCUCUGAGAGAAAAGGAGAAACCCUCAAGGCCACCAUUUUGCACAGCCUUUAUCUAUCACACAGGAUGCACUGCUAAAAUGCUGCUAAGCAUACUAUCCAUUUUGAUAAAAGAUUGGCUUCUAUUGCAAUGAUGAACAUGUUUUUAGGGCGCUCAUACAGUCCUCCCUGUCUGAAAUUAUAGGCAAUGUUGGGGAAAAAAGGCUAUGGAGUAAAUUUGUCUGUGCAUUUUCCAUGAAGAUAUUGGCUAAAAUUUGCAGCCAGUUUAAGAGAACUCAAUAAGAACCUUUCAAAGCCUAUGGGCCAGGUGCUAUCCAGACAGUGGAGGUGUAAGCAGUACUGCUUGUCCAAAGAUUAACCAAUGGAAUACAGCAGUGAUGUUGGCAAUAAUAUCACAUUAAUGUUUUUCUUCUCUUUAAAAAAAAAUUACAAUCACAAUUGGAACAAGUUUUUAGAUUUGUCAUAAUUUCUAUGCUUUUUAAGUAGUUUAUUUGCACUUGUUGGUUAACUAGAAUUAUCAUGUUUACCUAUGGUUUUUAUUUGCUGAAUUCAUUCGCUUCACCCCCCUUGGGCUAAAAGACUAUUACUGUCUUGGCUUACAGUAGUAUGGCUGAGCUGACUUCAAUGUCUUGGUUCAAAUUGUUUGGUAUAUUCCUAAGCAAUAUUUAUGGUUUAUUUGCAGAGUCUAACUAUAUUUGUCACUUUAUUGUUCCCCAUAUUUACUGUAAAAGUUGUCUAGGUCUACUAACACAGGAAAACUGUGCUGGUAAUAGCUAUUUCCAUGAAUGGAUUUGUUUUUGUCAUUUUAUUAUCCUGACCUUUUGAUUAACAUUUGAUUAACAUUUCAAUUGCUGCUUGUGUUUACCUCUCACUUUUCAAUGAUUUUGUUUGUGUAGUUUUAUUUUGGCUCAACGAUUUAUCAAUGCUAUGCUUCCUAUCCUCCCUCACAUUUUCCCUCUUUAGUUUCCUGGCUCUUAAUAUAGCUCUUUCCUCUUCCAUCUAUCUCCUUUGCUAUUUUGGUAGCUUUCAUGUAGAUUUGACCAAUCUUUUUGAUAUUUUCACAUUGCUGCUAUUGCACAAGGGAUGAACAUUGACUUAAAGUAAAUGACUGUUAGUAGAAAGCAGGUGACCUUUCUCAUAUCUAUAUUUUCCAUUCUCGUUCCUGAAUAGUUUUGAUUGCAUUUUGUUGUAUUUUCUUAGUAUAAUAACAUCAUUACUGUCGGUUGCUUGUGUGUUAUUCUAUAUCACUGCCAUUACCAUACAGUGGUAUUUCUUUUCAAAAGAGGUCUCUCUUGAUAGAGAUUCAGCAGAAAGGUCUCAAUGUUUCACUGUUCAAAUAAUGGUGAUUGAUUUGUAAAGUCAAAGUUUGCACUACUCUCGUGGGCAACAAUUUUUUUUCUUCAAAUAUUGCGUAUGGAAAAUGUAGUGGCUCAAAUGUAUGGAAACGGCAUUAUGUCCUACGACUUAUUUUGCAGUACUUAGCGUUAGCAACCCUCAAACUUGAAAGACCAAAUGUUUUUAACAUUUCUGAUUAAUACAGGUGUUGAAUGCAGCCUUGGACAUCCAUUCUCAUGACACCAUACCCAGCUGGCAAUCAAGCUUUUAAACAAUGCUGUAUUAAACUUGUCAUCAUGACUCAUGUAUGUCUUUGUAUUUUGACAUGUUUUACACGACACUAAUAUUAUCAGAAAGCUGUCCAACUCUCUUGAGGGAGGAGUUAGACCAGUGUUUCUCAAACCUCUCCUCAGUGACCACAAGAGGUUUCACAAUUUAGUUGCAGACCUGAACUAGCUCACCCGAUUGACCUAGUCAAGAGCAUGAUGAUUAGGUGGAAAAUUGAAUCAGUUGCGCUAGCUGUGGAAUAGAUCGAACGCAUGGAAAGGCUGGGGUCCCCAAGGAGAGGUUUGACAACCACUGAGUUAGACUACAACUGGGAGGGAAUCAAUGAUUUAUAUCAGGGAUGGGAAAUUCCAGUUCUCUGGGGCUUGAUUGGUGUCACACAUUUUCUCCAGCCUUAUUGCUAACACACCUGAUUAAACUAAGUGUGUUCUAAACUGAAGACCAUGAUUAGUUGAUUAUUGGAGUCCAGUGUGUUACCUGGGGGUAAAAGUGUGUCGCCAAUCAGGCCCAGAGGACUAGUUUCCCAUCCCGUAUUUAUAUAUAUACACACGUCAUUGGAGGGAAUAGAUUCCAACACUUUCUCUGAAGAAUGCAUUUCAAGCACUGCAAUUACAACUUUCACAAUAUUGUUUUAUAUACUUCGAAUAAUAUGUGUUGUGUAAUUACUACUCUGACGUGGAAUGGAUUUUGUGAUCCUCCUGCUUCAAAGCUGAUCGAUGUUUUGGGUUGUCCCAAACAGACCAAGGGGGUUGGGACAUAGUAAAUAUCGCACUUUGUAAUACUUAUUGUUCAAUUUAAACCGUGAAAUAAAUAAACUGUUUUAUAUUACAUGUGUUUAAAAUGCAUAAAUCGAAAUAGUUGCUUCUGUGUCGGCGAGUAUACGUUCGUUAUCUCACCCACAUUCCCCCCUUUUAUUUUCGACCAUAAUGCCUCUCGUCCCAGUUGGUUCCUAUAUAGUUCAUUGCCCUCGUUACGCAGGAAUCUGAAACACUGGGGAUUGUGUUCAAAGCACGCCAUUUUGAUUCUAUUGAUAGGGCACAGUGCACGUUUUAUUCUAAAUGUGAGCCAUAAUGAGGGUCAGGUACCCGUAGUUUCCUGAUCUGAUUACUUUGUACAUGUCGGCCCGCUGUAUAAUACGUAUCGUCUUUGAGGCCAGACUGCCCCCACAGGCAAGAUAAAUAGGGUGGUCCCACGGAGAGGGACGCAGCACACGGUGUACCAUAGUGGAAUGAUAACGAGGUUGGAUAAAGCACUGACACCCCCUCUGGCUAUUCGUAGUAGCCGAGCGCCAGCUGAUUGCGUUGAGUCCGGUGUGGACACUUGAAUGCUCAAUUAAUCCAAACUGAGCCGUUUAUGACUAUUCGGAUCCCUGUGGCCGCUCGUGUCGGCAAAGCCAUCCACCUUCUUUGUCCAAAUUGACCGAGGACUAUUUAUAGAAGCGGAUAUCAUAUAUUUGAGUUGGCUGAAGAUCCUUGACAAAGACAAGGCCCCUGUCUCCUCCCCAGCCUUGCGUACCAUCAUUUUAUUGAAGACAUGGGGGAUACUGGUAGUGAGCGCAGCAAACCUUUACCAACUCGGUGUCCCUGUGGAUUUUGGGGGUCCAGUAAAACCAUGAACCUCUGCUCAAAAUGUUUUGCUGAUAUCGAGAAGAAGCAGACAGAUGAGGACUGUGCCCCAAAACCCAGCUCGAGCACUGGGAGUACCCAAUCGGCUGUCUUCAAUAGCGAGAUGAGUAGUAGCAGCAGCAAAAGUAGCCAAUCCCUAUUGUCGUCGCCACUCACUAACUCCGAGCAGCCAUCUGCAUCAACCGAAGACCCUGUCCCCAUGUUAUCUAAUACACAGGACGAACUAUUAUCAUGCACAGAAACAGCCCAAGGUACCCUCUGUACGCCCAAAAAACGUCCUUGCGAAUCAGGUACAGCCUUGCUCCUGCUCAGUGUUUGUGCAAAACUGUACGUUGGACUCUGACACCGUGUAACCUUCUGUUCUUUCAGCUUCAGGGCUGGAGAGCGAGGCGUCACCGGAGAAACGGGCACGGGGGGACUCUGAGGAGGGGGAGGCGGUUAGCGAGGAGCCUAGCCCAGGACCCAAGCAGAAAAACCGCCGGCGCUGCUAUCGCUGCCAAACCAAACUGGAGCUGGUACAGCAGGAACUGGGCUCCUGUCGCUGCGGCUACGUGUUCUGCAUGCUGCACCGUCUACCUGAGCAGCACGACUGCCUGUUCGACCACCUGGGGCGUGGGCGCGAGGAGGCCGUCCUCAAGAUGGUGAAGCUGGACCGCAAGGUGGGCCGCUCGUGCCAGCGCAUUGGAGAAGAGUGCUCCUGAGUUGCUCCCAUUGACCGCCCGUCUCCACACUAGGCACUUCAAGAGGGUGAAAGGAGCGAGGGAGGGAGUGGGGGAAGGGAGAGCGAGCAUGGUUGAAAUAGACUCACAAUUUGCCCCACCAUUCUGGAUCUUAGUAUUGUUGAUCCACUCCUGUUAGUCUUGACAGUUUGGACUCUGACUUGGACACUGUCACCACGGCAACCUCUGGAGCCACACUGUCACCACGGCAACCUCUGGAGCCACACUGUCACUAUCGCAUGUUCGUUUUCACAGCCUUAACUCGCCCAGUCUUCAGAUUCAACAAGGACCCUGUAAAGAAAGAACGGUCAGAUUAUUUAUUUUAGCACACAGCAGCGCCACCAUAGCGCAACACUCUUUCCCCUCUGCUUCACCGAUCACAAAAGAAGACUGUCUGCAACAGUACUUCCUAUAUGAAACUGACCUCUCUCUCCUUACCGGCUCCUUAGUUGUCUUUGUCAGCAGGUUUUCACUAUGUCAAUGGUCACUAAGGAACGGAACAUAGACCUGUCUGUCCCUAGACCACUCCUCAGGUUGUAGGAGGGUGGGAUAUCGACCUUUAACUCCCCCACCUUAUUUUCUCUUUUCCUUGCCCAAUGGCUCUGCAUGGCAUUGGAUUGAAUUGGCUUGUGUGUUGAGUGAGGACAUUGUUCCCCAGAUCCUGGGUCAGUUGUGGCCGUGUUUGUUCCUAUGAGUCUCUGCCAGAGUGGUUUGAAUCCAAACCAGACCACUAACCUUUGUACUGCAGCCAACCUCCUCCUCCGCUCCUCUUUUGGAUCAGUCUGAACAAAUGGACUGGAGACACACAAGCAGAAGCUCUUCUCUGCCUGCUGCCCUUUGAAUGAGUGAUGCUGUUCCUGCUCUUUGUUUUGUAAUGCACUCUACUCCCUCUUCUGUACAUACAAAAUCCCUGACUCCUUGGACUAUUGAACCAUGGCUCUGUUCAUAUGGCCAUAAUAGAAUACCACUUAGAAUGCAUGCCUGAUACGUUGGUUCAUUCUAAGUAGUAUACUGCUAGUCUGUUCCAUAUUUUCUCCUACUACCCUAGUCACACUACUUGACUGUGCUGGUCCCAAUGCUCAUCUCAUUCUUCACUCCAUCCCCCUCUCCUCUGCUUCCUUCGACUCUCACUGGUCCCCUUCUGGUGCGAGGGAUGAUUUGAAGGAUGGAGGGAGUGAUGUUUAGUGGUCAACAACAAAAAAGGAGCGUACCGUUGUGGCUGGUUUUAUUUUGAUAUUUUGCGACCUGUUCUCGCGAGUGCUAAUGGAAGAAAUAUCUUUCUGUAUCUUAAAAGAAAUUGUAUUUAACCAUAUGGUUUUUAUUGACUUACACACUAGCAUAGCGCUGCAUAUUUAGUUAAAUGUAUUAAAAAAAACUAACUUUUUUUCUUUUUCUCAUUGUAUUUGGCCUUUUUUGCUGAGGAUGAUUAAACUGGAUUAGAGAAGCGGGUCGUCUGUGUGAUCUUUAAAGUUGAAGUGUAUAAUGGCCGACUUUAUAAGGAGUCCAUCAAACAACGAAGUGCAAACCUUAUUGUCAAUGUCCGUAAUGGGGGGGGAAAAGCUCAAAUUGACACUUUACAUGCAACUUGUGAAAAGGAACAAUAAAUAUCAUACAAUUG